GCUCCGCAUGGCGCGGGCCUGAUGUGGGAGCGCGGCCCGGAGCCGCGGCGGCGCUGCGGGAGCAGGAGGAGGAUGGCGGGGCUGCCGUGGAAGUGGCCGCGCACCCGCCUGCCCGUGGGCGCCAGCGCCCUGGGCGUCUUCGUCCUCUGCUGGCUCUACGUGUUCCCGGUGUACCGGCUGCCCGACGAGAAGGAGAUCGUGCAGGGGGUGCUGCUGCAGCAGGGCAAGGCGUGGAGGAGGAACCAGACUGCGGUCGCCCUGUUCAGGAAGCUGCUGGAAGAAUGCUGUGACCCUGGGCAGCUCUUUGCUAUGACAAAGAUGAAUUCCCCCAUGGGAAAGAACCUCUGGUUUGAUGGGGAAUUUUUAUAUUCUGUCACAAUUGACAAUGCAACUUACUCUCUCUUCCCACAGGCUACUCCCUUCCAGCUGCCACUGAAGAAAUGUUCCGUGGUGGGAAACGGUGGGAUCCUGAAGAAGAGUGGCUGUGGCAAACAAAUAGAUCAAGCAGAUUUCGUCAUGCGGUGCAACCUUCCUCCUCUGUCCAGUGAAUACAGCAAGGACGUUGGAUCCAAAACCCAACUGGUGACUGCAAAUCCCAGUAUAAUUCAAAAAAGGUUCCAGAAUCUGCUGUGGUCCCGAAAAGCCUUUGUGGACAGCGUGAAGGUCUACAACCACAGCUACAUCUACAUGCCAGCCUUCUCCAUGAAAACGGGGACAGGGCCCUCCCUGCGUGUCUACUACACCCUGGAGGAUUUCGGUGCCAAGCAGGCUGUCCUGUUUGCCAACCCCAACUUCCUGCGGGACAUCGGCAAGUUCUGGAAGAGCAAAGGCAUUCACGCCAAGCGCCUUUCCACGGGACUCUUCCUGGUCAGCGCUGCCCUGGGGCUGUGCGAGGAGGUGACAAUCUACGGCUUCUGGCCCUUCUCGGUGGACCUGCACGGGAAGUUUAUCAGCCAUCACUACUAUGACAAUGUCCUGCCCGACUCCGGGUUCCAUGCCAUGCCCGAGGAGUUCCUACAGCUUUGGUUCCUGCACAAAAGCGGUGUGCUGAGAAUGCAGCUGGAACCUUGUGAGGACCCUCUAACCCAGCCUUCAGCCUGAGGAUCAUCACAGUCAGUUCGGGAGAUCAGUCGUUUUUAAUUUCCACGCUCUCCGACAGAGUUCUGUUUUAUGUUGGUUGUUUCUAAAGGGAUCUGCAUGGACCAUAAAAAUGCUACUUGAAGGCUAAAUGGAAUAUGUCCUUAUUGUUUAGUGCUUUAUGGAACUGGGAGAGGAUGAAAUGUAUCUCUCCAUUAAGUCCAUUCAGCAGCGGUGGGAAAAAAACCUCAGAAGCAGCACAGCUGAACUUUCCAGGGACAUUUUUAAGUGACAAGUGUAAAAAGGGCAUUAAGGCUCAGAGAGUCACCGGGCCACUCAUAAGCUUUUGCUGACAGUGCCAAAUAUGACUAUCUCUUCCAAAUUCCAUUUCAUUCCGGAUCAGCACCCUGUAGAACUUUCCUUUUUCUGUGCUUUUUCCCUCUGUUUGGGGGUGUGUGUGUGUAGGACAGCAUGUGUGUGUCAUUGACUCCUUGGUUUCUUUUCCUUUUAUUCCUUUUCUUUUUGAUGUGUCGUCCCCUCCCCCGAGGAAGGAAAAGGAAGGGCUUAAAAGCCCGAGGAGCUGAGUACCAUCAGCUCCUCUGCAGACUCUUGGGAGAGUGAAGGUGCUAAGAAUCUGGUUAGAAUGUCACAGGAAUGCCUUGCUACUGAGGAUGGCUAGACCUAUGUGUUGUAGGUAUUAUCAGGAUGGUUCAGGUCACUGCACUUACAGCUGUGCCAGUGCUGUACUGUGGGCAAGAGCUGGUUAAGGCAAAUUGGUCUGAAAAGAAAGCAUGUUACAAAACCAGCAGUGAAGUGCAGCCUGAUUUCAGUGACCCGCUGCAGGAUUUCAUAGCAGGGAUGGUUCCUGACCUGUUUUCUGUCCAGCCUUAGGGAUUAAUUCUGUAUUCAUUUGGACUCCAGAUGUUCAUGGACUGUUGAGGGUAUUUGAGGGGUUCAGUGGAAUGUAGAAUGAGGUUCUUCAUGUGCUUACAGCAGGAAAAAUUGCAGAAAUGAAUGUAAGUGUCAUUUAAAAUUAGUCAAAGUUUUGAAAAUCGUUUCUCUGCGUGUGACUUGUUCUUCUGCUUGGAUUGUAACGUUAGCCUUAAAGACUUGUACUUCUCACAUGAGAUUGUUUCUGCUUAAAGAGAGUCUGGGAAAUAAAACAGCCUUUGGGAGCACCAAAAAGCUGCACAGCCAGCAAGAAAAAGGAAAAAAGAGAAGGGCAUGCCUGAUGCAAGGCAGCCCUGCUCACAGUGGUGAAUCCUGUCAGUGUGCACAGUGCCUGAAGGACUGUUUUAUUUUGGGUUAUUACUUGGGUGGCAGAUGGUCCUCUCACUGUGGAAAUGAGAAAUCGUUCUGUUUGUUUGCUUUGGUUUAGCACUGGAGGAGAAGAGGAGAAUCCCCGCUCAGUCUGCAGCACAAUUUAAGCUGAAAGAUGUUACCACCAGUAACAUGAAAAAUCCAAAUCAGUGUUCUCGUUCUUGUUAUCUUGUCACUGAAAAUCUAAUCAAGGUGUUGGGAAAACAAAACUGUUCAACUUUCCACAACAACUUCCUGUGCUGUUCUAGCUCCACAGCUCUAGUAUUUUGACGGAUGUGUCUUCUCAAGUGUUGAUAAGGUCUCUCCUUGUAGAGUACCAGCUGCAAGUUCUAUAGAUAUAAUUUUUUUUUUUAAAAAAGUGAAAUCCAUGGCUCUUCUUUAAAUAUGAGUAGUUCAGCUCUCUGUGUAGGAAACUGGGGAAAAAUAGUCCUGUUUUUCUUUUUAAACCUAUGUUUCAUAAUAAAAAUUUUCUUUUGGAAUAAGGAUAUUCCAAGCAUAAAAUGGGCACUGUUUUGUAGGAUUACAGGACAAUGCUAAAGGGUAAUGUGGAGAUUUUGGAGGGUCCUAGCUAUUGUUCUGAUAGAAUCUGAAUGUACCUCACAGCCCAUGUUAUCUUUGUCCAUGUUUUCAUUAAAAGUACAGUCAGCACACUGAUGGAACCUCA